AAGUCUCGCGCAUAUUGGCAGCCACAGUGGGGUACAACCAAAGCAGACAGCGAGUGGAGCGACAAGAAGGGAGUCAGCGGCCCUGUGGCUGAGCUUAUCUGAGUUUCGAGCGACAGACGCGUCGAUUCUUAAAAUGACCAGAGGAAACCAACGUGAGCUUGCACGCCAGAAGCAUGCCAAAAAGCAGACUGAAAGCAGUAAAGGGAAGAGGGGCGAUGAUGGACUGUCUGCUGCUGCACGGAAGCAGAGGGAUGCAGAGAUAAUGCAACAGAAGCAGAAAAAGGCAGAUGAAGCAGGGAAAGGAAGCACAAAGGCCAAGUAAAGAAUGACAUCAGAGAUUGAGUCAACUCAGUGUUUCAAGAACAUCCCAUUUUCAGCAUUCUUCCUGAUAUUUAAGACAAUGGAUCUGUCAUUUUUGUCUAGACUCAAGAAUCUAGGAUCCUACAUUUUUUCCUAUGGCAAAUGACAUUGCUUGUUGGAUUCAUUAUUUUAACUUGGAGAAAUCAUGUCUGAGCAAGUUAGUGGUUGUCCCAUGUUGGUGCUGCAUGCAGUGAAGAAUCAGUGGUGUAGAGAGCAGGAGAAAGAUGAACAAUUCUUGGCACAAAGCAUCUAUGUAACAGUUGUGUAUUUUUGUACAAUAGUGUCCCCUGCUGGCUUCAAAUAAAGUGUAUCUUUUUAGUUCA